UACUUCCUUGGCAGCAAAACGCUAUGCACAUGUACAACGGAGCAUAUUUUUAUGAUGUUUCGCUUACAGACGGGGUCCAGCUCCAAGACUUGAAGGCAGGAGGGAUGAAUUUGGAUAAACUGGCCUACAACUUGCGUUUCUCGUGCGAUAGGCUUCCACGAUCGAAUCCCUGGUCGCGAUCAAGUUUCGACGGAGAUUUUAUUUUGAUUGCCGAAUUCUCCGAAAAUGAAGGACCUAAGCCUGUGAUGACAAUUCCUAAGAAUGCUGGUGGAAAUUUUGACAUCAAUGCAUUUUCUGUUCAUGUAAUGUCAGUGGAUUACACUCAAGCAAGAGGCACUAAUUUUUCCAUUGUUGAAGAUACUCAACUGCUUUUAACAGAGAGAAAAGAUGGAAUUUAUGCUUAUGUUCACCACUUCAUGCUGUAUGAUAUUCAUGCUCGUGGUUUUGUGAGACCUUACUGCAUGUGCUACAUUUCCCAAUGCAAAAGAAAAAUGUUUUCUUUCCUUGACAGUCUCAUGGAGGAGUUUACUAAGGUGUCUAGGCUCUUCAGGCAUGGGAACAGAAUAACGUUCUUAAGAGACCUUGAACAGCGUUUGGCUGAUGUCAUGGCCAUGAAAAGUUUGCACACAGUGGAAAAUGCUCAUUUAGGUAGUCUCAUUGAUAAGGCAUUGAAGGUUCAGGACACAGAAAAAUCAAAGGGCACCGAGGUGGAGGAAUAUGAGAUCAUCAUAAAGGAGACAAGAAAGUUAAUAGAAGUUCUUAAACCUCACGUGGUGCAUGAUGCAAGGGUCGUGCAACAAUUUAGAAGACUGGAGGACAUGACAGAAGGACGGACUCGUAGUUACACAGAUGCUGAUGGGUUUUCUCUUAUAAAAAAUGAAGCAAGUGAACUUAAAUUACCUAUCUUUGUUAAACAACAACCUUCAUUACGAAGAGCAUUUUCACUCCCAGAUAUGAAAGAUCUUCUAAAAGGACAUAAAAAAGGGAAUCCUUUAUUUUUUCUUCACUGUGUGUAUAGGAAGUGUACUCAAAGCAACCAGUGGAGUUAUGACUGUUCUUCCAACCCUCCAAGUCAAGAAUGCCCCACAAGAAAGUCGUCUUGUGGCAGCUUAGGAAGUUUGUUCAGCUUGGAAUCAUUUCAAUCUUGUGUUGAGGAUGAAUUUGUAGGAUCUUCAAGGUCAAGUGAUGGAAUUCUUUCACCAUUUGCACCCUCCAAUUGGUUUCAUGCUGAUCUGCAAGGAGCAGAAAGGCUGGAAACCUUAAGCUGUGGCAGCUCGGAGUCUCCAAGAAUGGAAAACAAUGACGACAUGUCCACGCAUUCCGAUACAACCCUCAGUACGGCACGUGAGAAGUUGUCAUUAGCGGACUAUGCCUUGUUUGAUGAAGAUGCUUUGUCAGACCACAGCGGAUCCCGCUACGGGAGACAAACUAGCGCAAUGUAUGAAACAAACGUCAGCGUGCAUCAGAAUCAUUUAAAAAGGAAGAGUUUAAGUUUAGAGAGUCUGUCGAAUUCUUCUGUUUAUGGAAGCUCAAGAGGCCAGCACAAGCAUCACAGAAGAAAAGCCGAGCACCCCAUGUUGCAGAAAAAACUUUCCAGUCCAUUACNAAAAAGACAGGGACCAGAAAAAAUUCGACUGAGAUGCUUUGCAGAGGAAGUUUGCCAACCAUUGGAAACAUACUCAGGUUCUAAUGUAUUGUUGUUGCGGAAUAAUUUGAGUUGUGGAGUUCAUUUGCUCUUUGCUCUUCUUUGUGGAAGACCAGUGAUUGUCCUUGGUGAACCUCGAAAUGAAAGGGACGUGCGGACUGUCAUUUCUGCUCUUUGGAUGUUUGUUCCUGAGAAUAUGAGUAAUGGAAAAGCCGUGGAUCCGUGGAGAACCAAACCACUACAAAUCGCUGAUCUUUCAUGGCAAGUACAAGAUGUGUUCUUUGAUUUUCUUAUGUGUUGGCUGAAACUUGUUGGACUUGCUAAGAACAAACACUCAAACAUGGUCCCCAAAUCUGUCAAGAGGUUUGUGUCUUUGUUGGAUUUUGAAACAGAUCUCAUUGUGACGCCACAGUAUAAGAGAACUGGCAAUCCAGACCAAUAA